UGUAGUUUAUAUUUUGCCAGCAAAAGAGCAACGGGCAAGCUACGAUGGCCUCUAACACUAAGGAUGGGAUCACCAUACGCAUUAUGACGCAAGAGGACUAUAAAAAUGUGAAAGCCUUUAUGAAGGAUGACUUUUUUUCAUCAGAACCCUUGUGCCAGUCCAGCGGAGAAACCGUUCACCUGCAGAACGAGAAGGAUAACGACGAAUAUCACCUUUCGAUGAUCGCUCAGGGCACCUGUUUGGUGGCCCUGGACGAGAACAGUGAUGGACGACUUGUGGGCUUCGUCCUGGCCGGAGCCCAAUACCCCGAGGAUAUUGAAAAGCAUCGCAUUGAGGCGGAGGCCAUAGAGAAGCAUGCUUGGGGUCGGAUUUGCGUCCUGCUGUCUAAAAUUGAACGCGAGGCCAAUCUCUUUGAGCGCUUUGGCAUCUCGAAAGUGCUCUACUCCCAAAUCACCAGUGUGGAUGCUUCGAUGAGAGGCAAAGGACUUGGGUCACGACUCGCCGCCACUUUGAUGGAUGUGGGCAGAUCCAAGGGAUUCCCCGCAAUGGUGGCCUACUGCACGAGCUUCUUCUCCGCCCGCCAGAAGGAGGCUCUGGGGAUGCAGUGUAUCCACUCGCUAACCUACGCCGACUACAAGGACGAUCAAGGGCGACCGAUUUUUACGCCAGCAGCACCCAACACAAUGGCGCGAGUUAUGGCCAUUAAACUGUGAGAGAGUUGGUUAAAAAAAAAAUUCCAUCUUAAGAUACUGUGUGACCUAAUGACCCUUAUUCUGAUAUCAAAGACCGCAUUCUCAGAACUUUUGAUUAAAGAUUUCAAUUUAAAAUAAGAA